GGAAAUCAUAAGAUCACUCACAAGCUGUCACGCUUACAGACAUGAAGCGGUUGCUUUGGCUGCCUUUCCUGCUCAUCCACCUGGCCGGGACAGGAAACCCACAAAAACUUGAGACAUGCUUGCUUCAGCCAAAAAACACGAUCUGGAAAAAAAUAGGAGAAGAAGCUUUUCUACGCUGUACGGUUAGGUCAAGCUGUCCCCCACGGCAGCUCGAAUGGUUUAUUGUUAAAGAAAGCUCUCAUCAGCAACUUCAUGUUACUAGUAGGCACAAUUUGAGUAAAAACUCUUUACACAUCAAGUCACUUAAUGUCAACGACACCGGGACGUACCUCUGCGCUGCAAGCAUUGACCAAAUAGGACCCUUACUUACACCAGAAUGCUGCCUACCAUUUGUAGGAGAGGGGACGACUCUUAUUGUGGGAGAGAGACCUAAACUGAUGGCGUGGAAAAUUCUUCUGUGGUUGUCAUUUACCCUUUUGGCCAUUUAUAGCUUAGCUUUAGUGAUGCUCAUCAUUCUAAGGAAGCACGGCUGUAACCUGACCUCCAGCAAAACGACAUCUAAAACUGAAACGCAGAAUAGCUUAAGGAAGAAAACACAGUUCAGAGACGUACUGCAAGAGCUUCACAGCAGGGCGAACGUAAACAGAAGGAAGCAAAGCACAAGCAGAAAUGGUUCCCAAGUUGAGGCAGCAAGUGUGGACGGCAACCUCUCUACAGAAGAUAUCUACCAAAAUGUCUAAGGGUCAGCCCUGUUGAAUAAUAGCUUCAGUGGGAUGUUACAGAGCUGUGACACAUGUGUGACUGUUUUGUGACAGAAUGACAAAUAUGUCAGGUCACUGGUUGGGUUUUUGCACGUUUCCCAAUGAAACGAGACAUUAACUGCGCAAUAACGGUGCUCUGUCAGUCACUUCAGCAAAGUCGUAUCGUCUCUCUGAACUGUUCCGUUUACACUUUCUGCUCUCACCAACUAGUCCAAGCAAGUUUAUUCCUUAUAACUAUUGUAACUGGGGGCGUUUUUGCAGCGCAGAGGAUUAAUGUAAAAUAGUUGUUAGAAUUUUUCUUAAUCUUAGCACAGAUCCACAAGCUAAACAAGGCGUGCAUAUUUAUAUGAGUAAUAUGUGGUUUUAAACAGGAACAUGAGAGGAAAAAACAAAGGAGUAAGGUGCUGCUUCUAAGCUCUGACAGGCACUGAUGAUGCUAAUAAUGUGCUAUUUUGUCAAACUAUUUCCUGACACCAAAAAUACAUUUCCAAAACAUUUUAACAUUUUCGUGCAGCAGUCCUACACUAGGCUGAGUUUACCUACGUUUUGCAUUCAAACAUCAGGAUUAUGUUGUGAGGUUGAUCUUUGAUUUGUGACACUUUUAAGUCGUGUCUCAUAUCUCAAAUGAUCAACACUCUAUUGCUAUAAGUAUUAGGCUGCUUGCCUAUAAACGCACAUAACUUUGAUGAUGUCUCUUUUGUUGCAAACACUUUAAUAUGAUGUUGGCUUAUCAGAUGCAGCUACAACAGCUUUAAUUCAACUGGAAAGGAGUAUGUUUAGAGGAAUUUACCAUUCUUUGAGAAGUGCAUAUAGGAUGAGGUCCAGCCACCCUUGGUACGGGUGUUGUUUGUAUAUGUGAGGAUCUCAGGCCACAUCCCAGAGUGGUGGGCUACCGUUCAGUGGCCUAAGGCUCCCGGGGGGGUGACAGGCUGGCUAUGGCCCACAGUUGCUACACUGGGCUCAGGUGGGCAUCCCUCCCACUUAAUCUCUCAGUGGCUAGUUCAUCAGAAGGGAAAGUAGUGUGCCCUGCAUACCUUGGCCCUUCUCGGUCCCAGCUGCUGAGCUGAACUGGUGC